CCCUGGCCUGACCCUGCCUCUAUCCCUAUCCUGGAGCCUAAGUGCAUCCAGGAGAGUCGCUGGACAGCACUGCAGCGUGGCUCCGACAAGGCCUGAGCCCCUCUACACUCAGAGCUCUGCGGUAAGGAGGCGGGACUGCGAGCUCCAGGUUGAGGGGAGGGAGCUCAGGCCCUGCUGGAGCUUGCAGCCCCACCCCCUUACCACACGGCUCUGAGCAGAGAGAUCAGGCCCCGGCAGAGCCACGCUGCAGCUGUCCAGGGACGCUCCUGGAUGCGCUGAGGCUCUGGUACUGACUGAAGCCUUAUUGCCUGCUCUUUCACAAUGAAAGCCAUGGAGGAUCAAGUGGUGCAAGAAGAGCUAGGGUACCAGGAUGAUGAGGAAUCCUUGUUUCAGGAUAUUGACCUGUUACAGAAACAUGGAAUUAAUGUGGCUGAUAUUAAAAAGCUGAAGUCCGUGGGAAUCUGUACUGUCAAAGGGAUCCAGAUGACAACGAGGCGGGCAUUGUGCAAUGUGAAAGGCCUUUCAGAGGCCAAAGUGGACAAGAUCAAAGAAGCAGCCAACAAGCUAAUUGAACCAGGAUUCUUGACUGCCUUUGAGUACAGCGAGAAAAGGAAGAUGGUGUUUCAUAUCACCACUGGGAGCCAGGAAUUUGAUAAACUAUUGGGUGGUGGGAUUGAAAGCAUGGCAAUUACAGAGGCCUUUGGAGAAUUCCGAACAGGCAAAACCCAGCUUGCCCACACCCUUUGUGUGACAGCUCAGCUUCCAGGAGCAGAUCGCUACACAGGAGGAAAAAUUAUCUUCAUUGAUACUGAAAACACUUUCCGUCCAGAUCGUCUUCGUGACAUCGCUGAUCGCUUCAACGUAGACCAUGAUGCAGUGCUUGACAAUGUGCUGUAUGCACGUGCAUAUACCAGUGAACAUCAGAUGGAGUUGCUUGACUACGUAGCAGCCAAAUUUCAUGAGGAAGCUGGAAUCUUCAAGCUAUUGAUCAUUGACUCCAUAAUGGCGCUUUUCCGUGUAGAUUUCAGUGGCCGUGGGGAGCUGGCUGAACGGCAACAGAAACUUGCUCAGAUGCUAUCAAGGCUCCAGAAAAUCUCAGAAGAAUAUAAUGUGGCUGUGUUUGUGACCAAUCAGAUGACUGCUGAUCCAGGAGCAACUAUGACUUUUCAGGCAGACCCUAAGAAGCCCAUUGGCGGCCACAUCCUUGCUCAUGCUUCAACCACAAGGAUUAGUUUGCGGAAGGGAAGAGGGGAGUUGCGUAUUGCCAAGAUAUAUGACAGCCCUGAGAUGCCUGAAAAUGAAGCUACAUUUGCAAUAACUGCUGGAGGGAUUGGGGAUGCCAAAGAGUAGAUGGAAAACUGGUGCAAAUCUCCUUUUGAAAACAGCCCAUGCACCUCAGAUGAAGCCAUGGUAUCCAAGGUCUGACUCCUUGGUUACUUAGUGUUUUUCAUACACAAUUUGGAAAGCUUAAAAUUAAAAGAAUGCCGGGAAGAGCUUUUUAGGUAUCAUAUUUCAAUAAUCUUAACAGUUCCUGGUUCACCUUAGUGCUAUUUUAAAAUGAUCUUUCAAGCAGCCAGAAGUUGAAAAAGCACAGAAAUGUGACUUAUUCAAGGAAUACCUUCCUUCUGGUUCAGGAGAAGCAAAGCUGUUUUGUCACAUGGGCUUAAUGUGCACUUUUUAUGGUUUCUUGGGAAAGGAAUGUCUUUGGAAUAGACUAUAUUGGCAUGGAAUGGAACAGCAUUGAAACACAGUCUUUAAAAAAUAAUGAGUAACUAGCAGACAGAGGGAAAGUGCAGUGAAAGAGAGAGAAGAAUGGGUGAACUUCCUAAUGUUUCAUUGACAGUAGAGGAAUGGUAGUUGCUUGAAAAGAUUUUUAGAAAUCUUGAUUAGAUUAUUUAUUUGUUUUUAAAGUGCCUGUAUUUUUGUUUUGGAAUAUUUAAAGCUGUUGUCUAUUUUUUAUAUCUAGGAAAAAUGCUAAAUUAAAACAUCUCUCUUUAUGCUUGUGUGCAAUACAGCCAACGCACAGUUUGAGUGAGAUCCUGGUUCUGUGAGUAGUCUCACAGAUUUUGUUGUGAGAAUUUGCAUGAGUGAACUAAUGGGAUAUAGCCCAACAUUAUAAUGCUUCAGAUAUUUUUUAAAAAUAAAGAAACA